AGCAGACCUGUGGACUGCCAGGAACAUGAGUCAGUACUUGGGGGUGACAUUUCAUGGGAUCACGACUAAAUGGGAGCUGAAAACGUUUACCCUUGAGAACAUAGAAUGUCCCCCUCCCCACGACUCCGACAGCAUCAUGACCGCCCUCCAAGAUGUGAUGGCUGAGUGGAGGAUCACCCCUGAACGCCUUGCUGCUAUUGUUACCGAUAGUGCAGCAAAUAUGUUAAAGGCAGUCAGGGAACUCGACUGGAGUCACAUUCCUUGCUUUGGCCACACGCUUAACCUGAUGGUGAGGGCAGGGCUUGACUGCCGUCAGGUUCACAACACCAUCGCUAGGUGCGCCAAGAUUGUAGAAUUCGUGAACAAAAGCUCUAAGGCAAAGUAUCUCUUGACUGAAAAACAGCAACAGUUGGACUUGCCGAAUCACAAACUCGUUCAGGAUGUGAAAACUCGUUGGAACAGCACACACGACAUGCUGACAAGAAUCUUGGAACAGCAGCAAGCCAUCUGUGCUAUGCUCCUAGAGCUAAAGAAACAGGAACUUAUGCCGACAGUGGACGAGUUUCGUACUAUUGAGCAGCUUGUGGAACUGUUGGAACCAGUCAAGGAUAUGACUGAAUUCUUCAGUGGUGCCACUUACGCCACAAGCACUGGAGUACUGCCCUGCAUCGUCAAACUGGAGACGAUUCUCGACAACAAGGCAGAUGACACACGAGAGCUUCUUGCUACCAAAGAAGCCAUGAGAAAAAAGCUAAAUGAUUGCUUCGAGCGGCGAUACACCAUGGAUACCCUCGACAUGUGCACGCUCUUGGACCCCAGAUUCAAGGCGAUGCCCUUCUACAACGAUGCAAAGCGACAGCAGCUUCAUCAGAAAUUAAAAGAUCAGCUGAUGUCUCUCGACGUUGACGGCGAUCGAGACAACGCACCCCCCGCAGAUCCAGUAGAAGUACAACCGGAAAAGAAAGCGCGAGCGAGGAGCCUAUUCGAAGGUAUAUACACGCAACCCCAGCCUCAACAAGAUGAUGCCUUGCAACCUCGAGAAAACGAGAUAAGAGAUGAGAUGUCUCGUUAUCUGUUGGAGCCGUCGAAGUCCUUAGAAACAAAUGUAGUGUCAUGGUGGAUGCUUAAUGAGCAAAGAUUUCCCUUCCUAGCUAAGUUGGCACGCAAGUACAUAGCUAUUCCGGCAACAAGCGUACCUGCCGAACGCCUGUUCAGCACAGCAGGGAAUAUAGUAACUGCCAAGCGAGCAUGUCUUCUUCCACAAAAUGUGAGGUACCUAACUUUUCUCCAUGACAAUCUAGCGUGAACUGAAUGACAGUGCCAAAACAAAAGACUCUUAAAGUAUUUAAGUGAGUUUCUCAUCAUGCAGUUGGAUUGUACAGUUACAUGCGUUACAUAACCCGGUAUUUAAUUAUUUAUCACGUUUAUUUGUUGCCGUACAGUUUUCUUUCAGCCUGCAAUGCAAGAAUAACAUUAGGUUUGCUAUGUUACGGCGGUUAAAGCUUAUAAAAGGCCCAUUAUUGUGAACUGUGAAAUGACAACAUUCUACGUUUCACAAGGUACGCAGGCUUAGUCUCUAGGCUUUGCCUUCUUAUACUUUUUUUUUUUUUUUUAGAAUUUUAGUCUGAUCUAAUUUUAUUUCGGGAAGAUCGUUAACCUACUAAUUGCAAGUAAUAACUUAUAAGUAUUCUUAAAAGAGCACGUCAGGUGCCUAUCUAUAUUAAUGGUCAAAAUCUGGUGAAAGUGGUGAUCUAAACAGUUUCUUCCUUUCUUUCGUAUGGCGAGACAAGAGAUUAUGUGCAUAAGAUAAGACAUCAUUAAUAAAUCAAUUUGGCAAUUUCAUUUUCAAUGAUCUUUCCAGUUUAUAUUGCUGUCUUGGAAACGAAUAGGCAGUUAUGUCCCAUAAGCAAUAAUAUAGAAGAAAAAAAAUAAUAUCGAAUACGAUAAUCAAAGGAGGAUCGUGAUAUUAAUGAUUCUUUCUUAUACAUAAAUACAUGUACGAUUGGAAGUUUAGAACUGCAUCGGCAGUUCGGCACAUUUUAUUUAACCCAUACAACAUGUUAAUAUUGAUAUAUUUUAAUGUUGUCAGCGAUAAAGUAAAAAAGAAUGCCUCUCUGAUGAGUGAUGAAUUUAAUUGUACAUUGUUUCACUGAAAACUGAAAAGCCCUGUACAAUCAGGAAAUGACGGACAUGCUUUGAGAGGAAACAGGAAAGUAAAAUGAAACGAAACGGCGACGCAAAAGCACGCCUCCGCAAGUAAUAGUAAGUUCGUAAUUGUAGGAUUCUUGGAAAUGGCAAAGGCCGACGUCCCAAACUAAGUACCAUGACAACUUUAAAACUGAUAAAAUAUGAGACUUCGAGAGAUGGAAAAUAAUGAAGUUAAUUUUUGCAUAUUUUUAAUUAGGCUUCUUGGUACAUCUUGAAGUUCUUGCAUUAUUCAACAUUUCAUGUAUCAAUACUUCAUGUCUUACUGUAUUUAACAUUCUAAAUUAGCCGUUAUUAGUAGAUUAGAUUCAACUUUGUGAUUACGGUUGUUGUUUUUUAUGUGUGUCUUGUAUUCCAAAUGGCAAAGACCAACGUCCCAAACUAACCGUUACAACUUUGAAACAUAUAAACAGGAGACUUACAGAGAUGAAAAAUAAUAUAGAGUUAAUUUUCGCGUAUUUUGCUAAGGCCCAUUUGUACAUCUUAAAGCUCUUGAAUUAUUUAUCAUUUCCUCAUUUUUACAAUACUUCAUGUCUUAACGGUCUUUAACUCUCUAAAUUAAGCGUUAUUACUUAUUAGUAGAUUAGAUUCAACUUUGUGAUUACUAUUUUGCCGUUGUUGUUUUUUUCCUUUCCUAGUUAUAGCCUGUAACUACCGGUAAGUGGCUAUUCAGAGUUUUGUUUUGUUUUUAGAGUUUAAAAAAAAAAUGUUCGCAAAAUAAACUUCGGAAGUUAUGACUGAAAACUUACAAGAUGACAAUGUUUUGUCCGUUAUCUAGACAUCAACGGAGCCCUCAAAUUCUCAUUAGAUUUUAGA